CCUAUUUAUGAUGUGGGAAAAAAGGAAAGCCCAAAAAUAACCAUAUCACCGUAUCAAUCAAACAUAUGAUUGAUUGAUCAGAAAAAAAGAGACCUCCACAGCUACUCACUCCCUCAUCCCAACACUUACCGCUAAGCAACCAAACCCUUUCUCGUUUCCCUCUCUUCUUCCUUUGUUCCUCUGUAGCCGCCCCCCAAACCUCCUCACCCCAUCAGAUCCGCUCGUCCUCACCCUCAGAUCUCAUCUCACGCGCUUUGAAUCUGAUUCCACGCGCCACUAUGGUCGUCAACGGCAUGCCCGUGAAGAGGAUGAAGAGGAGAGUAACGGCCGAUCUCUACGACUUCCUCACCUUUCCUUCUUCUGCUUCGGGAUCUAGCGUUGCCAUGCCGUUUCGGGCUAACAUCAGGUCGUUUCUAACGAAGCACGCGCUCAUGCCGCCUCCGACUUCUCUUUUUCCUCACCUGAUGACUUGGCAGAUCCUCUUCAGGGUCGGUAACGCGACGGACGGCUCUGAUUCCUCCUCCACCAUGGUUUGUCUAGACGUGGUGGAGGAGGACGUCGCUAGAUCUAGAUCCAUCUACUGCGACCAGUGCCGAGUCGUUGGGUGGAGCGGUCAUCCAGUUUGUUCUAAACGCUACCACUUCAUCAUAAAGGCUGAUGGUAAUUCUAUUGGCGGCUACCACAAACCUUGUGUGCGCUGUGGAGAUAUCCUGCAUUUGUCAGAAUUAAGGUGCAAGUCAUGCAGCCAUGUUACAACUACAGAUGAUCUUGAGGAUUGGGUGUAUCACCAAUUGGAGGACACCACUCAUCUGUUACAUGGUGUAAUCCAUUCUAAUUGUUAUGGCCACCUUCUUAGGGUCAAUGGCAGGGAAGGGGGUUCCAGGGUUCUUUCAGGAUGUCAUAUCAUGGACUUCUGGGAUCGACUAUGUCAAACCCUUGCUGUCAGGAAGGUCAGUGUGAUGGAUGUAUCAAAAAAGUAUGGGUUGGAGUACCGGCUGCUUCAUGCAAUUACCAAAGGACACCCAUGGUAUGGGGAUUGGGGUUAUGAAUUUGGUGCUGGUAGUUUUGCCCUGACAUUUGAUGCCUAUAAAUCAGCUGUUGAAACUCUUUCUAGCCUUCCAUUAUCCAUCUUUCUUCCACAAGGAUGCAAACCCAGCACUCGACUGCAAGAUGUAAUCUCAUUUUACCAGUCUUUAUCAAAGUCUGAGCUUGUAAAUAUAAAGGAUCUCUUUUGUCUUCUGAUGAGGUUGAUCCAUGAUGCCCACAAGUCGUCCUCUAGGGUUGAGGAUGCUACCUGCAAGAAACCACGAACCUCUUCUUAUGGGGUUGUAUCAUGGAGUAGAGCUGAUGUUGGACGCGUUGAAGAGGCCAUGUUUAGAGUGCUUCGGGCCGUGUCUGGGUCCAACUGGGUAAGCUACCGUGCUCUUAGGGGAGCUGUCUGCAGAGUGGCUUGUCCAGAACUCCUUGAUCAUUGCCUCAUGGAACUUGGUGGAAAACUGGCAGCAGAAGGAAUGGUUGUUAGUUCAAGGCGCAAUCCUGAUUCAGGUGCUCUCGAGUUUAGACUUGAGCCUGGAACUGUUUCCGUAACCACCACUGGCAAUGAUUUUCGUGUUGCAAACUGUCCCCCCUCUGAGGAAGUGCUUAAGCGAGACCUUAAAUUCUUGUAUGAAUCCAUACUCCACCCUCAAACCAUGUUGAGUUACGGGCCUGAUCUGACGAGAAAUCUUGCCACCAGCUCUGCUGAGAAGCUCCUUGACUGCAAGCAAUUUGUGAAAGUUUACAAGCAUGAGAAGCUAUCAAGCGGGAAUGAUGUUGUAGUUUGCCUUUCAUGCCAGUUGGAGCUUGUGGAUCAAUCUGAAGAAAUUGGCCCAGAUCCACCUGCAGAACUAGUUGUGUUACCACUAAAUGCUACUGUAUCAGACCUCAAGAUGGAAGCUUCAAAGGCUUUCCAGGAAGUGUAUCUGGCAUUCAGAAGAUUCCAAGCUGAAGAGUUGCUUGGCUAUGGCGGUGUAGAGGAUUCCACCGAAGUCAAGCAUUUGUUGGGGUCAACUGAAUCAGUUCGAGUUCGAGGGAGAUGCCUGGGGAAAAACGGGCUUAGUAAAUUUAGGGCGGAAAGAGGGAUUGAGAGGUGGACGGUGGAUUGCAUUUGUGGAGCUAAGGAUGAUGAUGGGGAAAGGAUGUUGGCUUGUGAUGUUUGUGGGGUGUGGCAGCACACAAGGUGUUCCGGCAUUAAAGACUCGGAGGCAGUGCCUGCGAAGUUUGUUUGCUACAGGUGCAGGGAGUCUCUGCACAUGACUCGAACAGGUGGACAGUGUAAGGAUGAGACCGUCUCUUCUCUGGGUGGCACUGGCAGCUAUGGAGAGAGCUUGACAACUCCUUAAGGUGUUGCUUGAAAUCUCGUUGUUUUUGGUGUUUUGUAGGGCCUAGGGGAGCUUUCCUCGGGGCCUAAAUCGAUGUGUACAUAAAAAGGGAACUGGCCGUAAGGCAUCAAGGCAGUUGUUGUUCUCUGUCCAGUUGUUUUAUUUUCUUGUAUA